UGCUGCUCCCGCUUCCCUGGCCCCGUUCUAUUCGCUUACAAGACCCUUCUAUAAAAGUUUCGCAUCCACGGCUUCUUCCUUCCCAAAUCGCACGGGGAGGUUAGAGUUAGGGACCGCUAGAUCGAAGCCACGAUCCCAGGCUGCACUUAAUCUUCUCCUCCGAUCUGUGGCCCCGCUCGUCUUUGUUCCCUUUUGAUUACAGUUAAGUGCCUUGAAUAUGGCGAUGGAGAUUACCCAGAUUCUGUUGGCUGCCCAAUCUGCUGAUGGGCAGAUUAGAACUGUCGCUGAAGAGAACCUUAAGCAGUUUCAGCAACAGAAUCUUCCGCUUUUCAUCCAUUCGUUAUCCACUGAGCUAUCAAGUGAACAUAAGCCUCCUGAAUCUCGUAGACUUGCUGGUCUUAUACUGAAGAAUUCUCUGGAUGCAAAGGAUGCUGCCCGUAGGGAAGAACUGACUCAGAGUUGGGUCAGCAUGGAUCCAUCUAUCAAAUCCCAAGUGAAAGAAUCCUUGUUGCUGACACUUGCAUCACUGGUUUCUGAAGCACGGCACACCUCUUGUCAGGUCAUUGCUAAGGUUGCAUCCAUUGAGAUACCCCGACGUGAAUGGCAGGAGCUUAUAGUGAAGCUGCUGAACAACAUGACUCAGCCAGAUUCCCCUGCUCCAUUAAAGCAAGCAACAUUGGAGGCAUUGGGCUAUGUUUGUGAGGAGAUAUCUCCUCAAGACCUGGAGCAGGAACAAGUAAAUGCUGUCCUCACUGCUGUUGUGCAGGGUAUGAACCAAAUGGAGCAUAGUUCUGAAGUUCGCCUUGCAGCUGUUAAAGCUCUCUACAAUGCUCUAGAUUUUGCUCAGGCUAACUUCGAAAAUGAGACAGAGAGGAAUUUUAUCAUGAAAGUUGUUUGUGAGACUGCUAUGGCCAAAGAACCAGAAAUCAGACAAGCAUCUCUCGAGUGUCUUGUUUCGAUAGCCUCUACAUAUUAUGGUUACCUUGAGCCAUAUAUGCAGACUCUUUUUAAUUUAACUUCUAAUGCAGUGAGAGGAGACCAGGAGCCUAUUGCUCUUCAAGCCAUUGAAUUCUGGAGCUCAAUUUGUGAUGAAGAGAUUCAGAUUCAAGAGGAGAGUGAGGAAGAAGAUACUGGAAGUUCUCCGCAUUCUAAUUUCAUAAAUCAGGCGCUUCCUGUGCUUGUGCCUUUAAUGCUAGAAACACUGUUAAAGCAAGAGGAAGAUCAGGACCAGGAGGAUGGUGUCUGGAAUUUGUCUAUGGCUGGUGGAACUUGUCUUGGACUCAUUGCAAGGACUGUUGGAGAUACAAUUGUUCCCCUUGUGAUGCCUUUUGUGGAGAGUAAUAUAACAAAGGAUGACUGGAGAUGCCGUGAGGCAGCUACUUUUGCAUUUGGUUCAAUUCUUGAAGGUCCAUCUGUUAAGAAACUUGCACCUCUCGUUCAUUCUGGACUUGAGUUCUUGCUGAAUGCAAUGAAAGACCAUAGUAGUCAUGUCAAGGACACAACUGCAUGGACCCUUGGUAGGAUAUUUGAGUUCUUGCAUUCAGCAAGUAGUGAAUAUUCAGUUUUAACUGCUGCAAAUCUUCCACGGAUUAUAGCUGUUUUAUUGGAAAGCAUAAGGGAUGCUCCAAAUGUGGCUGAGAAAGUCUGUGGAGCCAUUUAUUUUCUGGCACAGGGAUAUGAGGGAGGAGAUUCGAGUUCAUCAUUGCUCACACCUUAUCUAGGUGAUAUUGUUACAGCUCUCCUAUCUACAGCUGAUCGGGCAGACACAAGCAAUCCUAGGCUUCGUUCUUCUGCUUAUGAAACACUAAAUGAGUUAGUACGAUGCAGCAACCUGCGUGAAACUUCAAGCAUGGUCGCACAACUCCUCCUGGAAAUUAUGAAUAGGUUAAGUAAGACUUUGGAACUUCAGAUUGUAUCCUCAGAUGACAGGGAAAAACAGAGUGAUCUGCAAGCCCUGCUCUGCGGUGUUCUUCAAGUAAUAAUACAAAAAUUGAGUAACUCGGAUGAGACAAGUUCCAUAAUAAACCAAUAUGCUGAUCAGAUGAUGAUCUUAUUUCUGCAAGUUUUUGCAUGCCGUAGUUCUACUGUCCAUGAAGAAGCCAUGCUUGCACUUGGUGCCCUUGCCUAUGCUACAGGGCCUCAAUUUGCUAAGUACAUGCAAGAGUUUUACAAGUAUUUGGAGAUGGGUUUACAGAAUUUUGAAGAGUAUCAAGUCUGCUCAAUAUCUGUAGGCGUUGUUGGUGAUAUUUGUCGAGCAUUAGACGACAAGAUUCUUCCUUAUUGUGAUGGUAUUGUGAGUCAACUUCUGAAGAACCUCUCAGAUCCUGUUCUGCAUCGAUCUGUAAAGCCUCCUAUAUUUUCAUGUUUUGGAGAUAUUGCUCUUGCAAUUGGUGAGCACUUUGAGAAGUACAUUCCUUAUGUGAUCCCCAUGCUGCAAGGAGCUGCAGAUCACUGCUCUGAGUUGAGUCCAGAUGAUGAUGAUAUGCAAGAAUAUGGAAAUCAACUUCGACGUGGCAUUUUUGAGGCUUAUUCUGGUAUCCUUCAAGGAUUUAAAAGUUCCAAGGCAGCUCUGAUGGUUCCUCAUGCAAACCGUCUUCUAAAGUUCAUAGAAGCCGUUGUCAGCGAUAAGUUUAGGGAUGAGGAGGUAACCAAAGCUGCAGUGGCAGUGUUAGGUGAUCUUGCAGAUGCUCUUGGUCCGAACACGAAAGUACUGCUGAAGGACCAUACCUUUCACGUAGAGUUACUGGGAGAGUGUAUUCAGUCGGACAAUGACCAACUGAAGGAGACUGCAGUUUGGACGCAAGGAAUGAUUCAGAGGGUAUUAGUUUCAUGAGGCAAGAUCUAUAUAACUGCAUCGUGUUAAAGGUGUCCGUCUACUUAGCCCAUGGUCUUUAGCUGUGUAUCACAUUUUAUGGUUUUAUAUUAUUUCUGCACUUCUUUCGUGUCCUUAGUGUCCAUGUUUUGCUACCCUUGGUUAAAUGCUCGAUAUGGAGUUCGAACUUGUUUUACAGUCCACUGUUUUGUGGUCGGAAAACAUGAAAUGCAUGCAAUCGGCUAAGACUGCAACUGCACUGUUGCUUAUUUUCUGCUAACUAUUUUAUUGCAGUUUUUAUGGUUAAAUUUGUCA